CUCUCAGUCUCAGAUAAUCCUCAUAAGCAAAAUCGCAGAGCUUCCAAACAAACCCUAAACAACAUACACAAGCAAAAUCAACGAAGAAGAAGAAGAAGAAGGCUGAGGUCCGAUCAUGGCGUUCUCUUCUCGCCUCUUAUCCAAAUCCAAACAGUUGUGUGGGAGUCAAGUGAUACUGCAACAGCAGCAUGCUAUUCCAGUGCGUUACUUUGCUAAGGAAGCUCCACCUAAGGCUCUUAAGGGAGAUGAGAUGCUGAAGAACAUCUUUCUGGAAGUUAAGAAUAAAUUUGAGACAGCCAUCGGGAUUCUUCGGAAGGAGAAGAUCACCAUUGACCCAGAUAAUCCUGCUGCCGUUUCUCAGUAUGCCAAGGUCAUGAAGACAAUCAGAGAGAAGGCAGACUUGUUCUCAGAAUCUCAAAGGAUUAAGUAUACCAUCGAAAGUCGAACAGAAGGAAUUGCAGAUGCUCGGACAUAUUUGUUGACGUUAAAGGAAAUCCGUAUCAAGAGAGGACUCACUGAUGAACUUGGUGCAGAGGCUAUGAUGAUGGAUGCCCUCGAGAAAGUUGAAAAGGAAAUUAAAAAACCUCUUAUGAGAAAUGAUAAGAAAGGGAUGUCUCUGCUUUUGGCUGAGUUUGAUAAGAUUAAUAAGAAGCUUGGAAUCCGGAAGGAGGACUUGCCAAAGUAUGAGGAGCAGUUGGAACACAAAAUUGCCAAAGCACAGCUGGAGGAGCUAAAGAAGGAUGCUCUCGAGGCUAUGGAAACCCAAAAGAAGCGGGAAGAGUUCAAGGAUGAGGAAAUGGCAGACGUGAAGUCGUUGGACGUCAGAAACUUCCUCUGAGAUAUUCAAUAUCUGGUUUUCUUUUACAAUUUGAUUCAAGGUUGAACUAUUGUGCAACAUAAUCAAAAACUGGCUCAGAUUAUGAGAAUACCUUUUUUAUCACUCUGCUAUAAUAAAAAAUUGACCAUGGGAGAUCCGGAAAUGCCAUGCUGUUUGUGCUAUGAAAAUACAUUCAGCACUCUCCAUGUUUUUUGUUUUUCUUAAUCAAAUAUUUCAUUGUAUCUAAAGCCUCUCCACAUGAAUCUUUUAGGCGCUGAAUCUUGUGACUCAACUCAUUCAUAGGAUUAUAUUUUGCUCCCUUUAUUGAAGCCUGAAGAUGAAUGUUUGCUUGCC